AUGGCAUUCCCUGUGGAUCUGCUUAAUAAUUGUAGUCAUGAAGAAUUAGAAAGUUCUGCAGAAGAAUACUUGACAGAGCUCAGGUGUGGAGACCCAGAGAAUCCAGAAUAUUUUACUUGCCUCAAUAAUCAGAUUCCAAUUAGCCUGUCAACUGUUGGCUUCAUCCCACUUUAUGGUGGCGAUCAGACCCACAAAAUUCUUGCCCUUUUUGCACCAGAGGACUCACUUACAGCUGUGGCUCUGUGUGCAUCCUAUCUUACUCAAAGUUACCAGCUUCCAGUGCUUGACACAAUGUACAUAAGAAAGAGCCAUCAGGGGAAAGAUUUAGGGCUAUUGAUGCUGGAAGACUUUGUUGAUUCCUUUACAGAAGACACACUUGGUCUACGGUUUCCACUAUCAUCUUUUAUGUAUACAGCUUGUAAACAGUAUUUUGAGAAGUACCCAGAUCAUGAUCUUCUUUGGGAAAUUGAAGGAACUGGACACUGGCAUCAGAGAAUACCCAUCACCAGUGCUUUACAAAGAGAAAUAUUCAGACAUGCAGAGGUUCCUCAAAGUGAAGUGAGAAAACUUACAUAUGAAGACUGUGACUCUAUAUCUGCUUCAGAAAAUGAGACAGGAUGUGGAGAAAACAAACCCAGUGAAAUGCAGGUUGAUCCUGUAAGAGGAAGAGGUGUAUUAGAUACCUAUGCAAGUACAUCUGAAGGUUUGGAUAAAACACCUGUUAACAUUCAAAUAAGAAGCUCUCUUUUGAAACGGCCAAAGAUUGGAAAGAGGUUUCAUGAUUCAGAUAUUAACCCUCUGCAAGAUGUGGAUGAAAAUACUCCCCAGGCUUCAUCUGUGGCUCCAACAAACAGAUUGGAAUCAACUGCAUAUACAUCUGAGAGCUCAGAAGACUUAGUUGAAGAUGAACCAAAUGAGAGUAUGGUUGAUUCUGAGCAGGAAACAAAAGAUAAAGAACAACACAUCCUAGAAACACAAGGAUUAAGUCAAUCAGUUCCACAGAAGCAAGAUGAUGAAGAGAAAUCUGAAUUAGAACCCCUGAAUGGUGAGGUAAUGGAAGAUACCCUAAAGACCUCACUAAAAACUGAAGAGGACACUGAUCAUGAUGCUUUGGAUGAAAAGUCAAAACAGCAAUUUGAUCAUUCCAGUGAAGAAUCUGGAACACUCCCUAUUCCACCUGCGGUUGAAUCUACAAAGUCUCCUGAGGAUGUUGCACCCGAUAAGACUGAGGAUGUCAUUGAU